AUGAAUAUCCUAUACUUAAUUCGUAAAGAUACCUAUACAUGUGUUUACUCCUUUUUUAUUAUUAUUCUUUGUAUAACUUGGAUAAAAUUCUUUUUUAAAUUUCUAAAAAAUAAAUACUCCAAAUUUUUAAAUAACGAAAAAAUUAUUAAACAGUGCAAUCAAAUUUUAAAUAAAAAUAAUUUGCUUCAAGAAAAUCUGUUAUACAAGCUCAUCAAGUUCAGCAUCAUCAGUAAAAAUAACUAUGAAGAUAAACUGGUUCACCGAAAAAAUGCCUCUUUUUAUUAUUUGAAAAGAGCAAUUUUUUUUUUACAUAACUAUAAGUUUUUGCAUAUAAAGAAGAAAUUAAAUUGCCUAUUUAUUAGAAACAACAUAACGGAUAUAAGAAACUUAAAAUAUAUGACAUAUCAAAAAGUUAUACAAUUCAAAAAGGAUAUGAAUGUUUGCUUAGUAGAAGCGUACAAUUCUUUUAGUUAUAAAAAUAAAAAAGAGCUGUUAUACAUUUAUUUCAAAUUAUACUCCAAAAUUUUUUUUUUUUUCCAAAGUGAAAAUAUCUAUUUUUUUCAUUUCCUAACACAUGUCCUAUUGGUAUCAUGGGUUUACACGCCUCUUAACCGUACUCUGUAUUAA